AUGAUAGCAAUUGAUCUUGAGUUUCGACAAUGGCAAUGGCAAUAUCAGAUAUCUACUACAUUUUUCAUUGGAGUCAUUCUUCCAGUAUUAUAUUACGUUUACAAUAAGUACAUCACUGCUCAGCCUAACAACUACAACAAAAUAGAAGCACCAGUAAAAAUCACCUUACCUAUACCAGAGGAAGCUAGACCACACUGGAAAGGUAAAAGAUUAUAUCCUCCGCUGACCAGUAUUCCUAAUGAACCAGACAAAAUUCAAAGCUAUUGUCCUGCUACAGGCCAAUAUUUGGGAGUAUUCAAUUGUACAACACGAGAAGACAUGGAUGAAAUGAUAAACAGUGCAUCAAAAGCUCAAAGAAAAUGGGCAGCCUCUUCUUUCAAUUUACGAAGAAAAUUGUUGAGGACAAUGGCUAGUUUUAUUUUGGAAAACCAAGAGAAUAUAGCUCGUGUAGCUUGUCGAGACUCGGGUAAAACGAAACUAGACGCAUCAAUGGGUGAAAUUAUGGUAACCUUAGAAAAAUUAAACUGGAUAAUUCUGCAUGGUGAGAAGGUAUUGCGACCAUCCCAAAGACCAGGUCCUGCCAAUUUUUUGAUUGGAAUGAUGAAAAAUGCCGAAGUGAGAUACGAACCAAUGGGUGUUGUAACUUCAAUCGUGUCGUGGAACUACCCCUUCCAUAACUUAAUGGGCCCAGUGAUUGCAUCUUUAUUCACUGGUAACGCUAUUAUUGUAAAGUGCUCAGAAAAUGUUGUGUGGUCGUCACAGUGGUUUAUUAAAUUUGUUAGGACGUGUUUAAAAGAAUUGGACAUUGAUGAAAACUUGGUACAAUUAUGUUGUUGUUUCCCCAAUGAUGCCGAAUACUUUGUUUCACACCCAGGGUUGUCACAUAUCACUUUCAUUGGAUCCAAGAAUGUGGCCCAUCACGUGGUAAGUCAGGCUGCGAAACAGUUGACGCCAUGUGUUGUAGAAUUGGGUGGUAAAGAUUCAUUGAUUGUUUUAGAUGAUGUUAAGGAUGUGAAGUCUUUGUCGUCAGUGAUUUUGAGAGGAACUUUCCAAAGUGCUGGCCAAAACUGUAUUGGUGUAGAAAGAGUUAUUUGUUUACCAAAAGUGUACGAGCAGUUGGUGGAAAUUUUCACUGAGAGAAUCAAGUCAUUUAGACUUGGUUCUGAUAUUGACCAAUUGGAUGAAAUAGACAUGGGUGCCAUGAUAUCCGACAAUAGAUUUAGUCAAUUAGAAGGUCUAAUUGAAGAUGCCGUUAGCAAAGGUGCUAGAUUAAUUCAUGGCGGUAAGCAAUAUCAACAUCCAAAUUAUCCACAGGGCCACUAUUUUGAGCCAACAUUAUUGGUUGAUGUUGAUCCUACAAUGAAGAUUUUCCAAGAGGAAGUUUUUGGCCCGGUGUUGACAAUGAUUAAGGCCAAUGACGUUGAGGAUGCAGUGAACAUUGCCAACGGAACCGAGUUUGGGCUCGGAAACUCUAUUUUUGGUAGCAAUUUUAACCAGGUCAACCAAAUAGCAGAUCAAUUGCAAAGUGGCAAUGUUGCCAUCAACGAUUUUGCAACUUUUUACGUUGCACAGUUGCCAUUUGGUGGUAUCAAGCAGUCUGGUUAUGGAAAAUUUGGUGGAGAAGAAGGUCUUACCGGCUUAUGUAAUGCCAAAUCUGUGGUAAUGGACAAACCUUUAUUAAGAUUGUUUAGAGUUGCCACAAGCAUCCCUCCCCCAAUAGACUACCCAAUAGAGAAUGACAAAAAAGCAUGGAAUUUCGUUAGAAGCUUGAAUAUAGCUGGUUAUGAUGGAAGAUUAUGGAAUAAAAUCAAAGCUUUGAAGAAUUUGGCUACAGGCGGCUCUUAG